AGUCUGCGAGGAAAGAGCUACUGCUUACUUUCAGGCGGUUCAAAUCUGUUCCUGUUUCCUUUCAGAAAGGUUUCUUUAUGGGGCAAAUAUAGUUAAAACGCUGUCGCGGUGUUGUUUUGCUCAGUUAUAUAGUUAUGUAUUGUUGGCGUAUUGCACGUAGGCUAAGUAUGAAGUGUCUCCAACACCAGCCUGCUUGCACUGCUAGUCAAAUUAUUGUUUUGCUUUGCUUUGCUUUGCUUUGUUUGCGUAUGCUAAAGACCACAUUCUAAAACGUAGUCCGUUGCAUUCUACAAACAUGUGCACAUAACCUAUUGAAGUGUUUUGGUAGAAUGCUGUUUUUAACUGGGCACAAAAAACAAACAAGAGCUUCGCACUGAAUCAGACAACCGACAGUCACGUGCAGUCAACAACAUAGACGGUUGUUUUAAGCCUACAGUGACAAUGUGGUAUGUGCAUUAGUUAUACCAUACCUUUUUUGGGGGGGAUUUGUGAAUAAAUGGGCACUGUUAUGAAGAUUACAAACAAUAAAAACGGUUUUAGUUGAACAUAGAAGGGUACAAUCUGGUGUGUGUGGCUUUCAAUACUAUCUGUUGCUCUGCCUGUCUGCUGUAUGUGAGAAGAAGGAUCUCUUAACCCCGGCUGACUGGUGUGAGUGUGUUUGCGCACGUGACUGAGAUGGGGGUGAAGGGGCUGCAGGGGUUUGUGGAGAAUGCCACACCUGGCACCUGUGUGCAGGUGGACCUGAGGGAAAUGGCAGAGCAGCACAGACGGGCGUGGCCGGGACGUAUCCCCACGCUGGCUGUGGAUGGGAUGGCCUGCCUCAGGCUCUGGUACAGUUGCCGGGCCUGGGUGCACGGAGGCCAGUGGAGGGAGUAUCGCCACCUCCUGGAGGAUUUUGUGGGCGCCUUUUCUGCUGCAGGAAUCCGUUUGGUGUUUUUCUUUGACGGGGUGGUGGAGGAUGGCAAGCGGGAGGAGUGGGUACGGCGGAGGCUGAGGGUGAACAAGGAUGUGGCCCGUGUGUUCCAGCAUAUUAAGCUCCACGGCCAGCAGCCCGGCAGGAACCUGCUCUGUAUCCCCUCAAGCCUGGCCACCUUCUCCAUGUUCGCCCUCAAGUCACUGGGGCAGGAGACCUGGAACACUGUGCUGGAGGCCGACUACGAAAUCGCCAGCUACGCCCUGGAGAAGGGCUGCAUGGGCAUCCUGAGCCAGGACUCAGACUUCCUGAUCUUCGACACGGCGCCGUACCUGUCCGUCAGCCGGCUGCAGCUGAACAGGAUGUCCACUGUGCAGUUGUCCCGGGAGACGCUGUGCCGCGCUCUCCACCUGCACCUUAGCGACCUCCCGCUGCUAGCCUGCGUUCUGGGGAACGACACCGUCCCUGAGCAGCGUCUGCAUCGGCUGCGCAGUAAAUGCAUGGCUGAGUACAGCGGGAAAUCCUCUCAAACACCCAACCAUGGCAAGGUGUUUGCUGUAGCGGAGUUUAUCAGCAGUAACCGGCCCCCCAGUGGGGAGUCUGAUGGUAUUGCCCGGCUGCCACUGUCGGACGUGGACCAGGCCCUGUUGGAGGAAGGAGUGCGGAAGUAUGUACUUCCGGGUCAAAGAUCACCUUGGGUGGACACUGACACCCCUUCCCCUCGCCCCAUGUGUGAGAUGGAGAGGUUCCCCAGUGCUGAUAUCAUGCAGGCAGCGAAAGAGAAGCACGUUAAAGCUGAGUGCUUCAUGGCCUACAAGGUCCUGUACAGCGGUGUGAUGGAGUGCAGUAACACACUGGAGGAUGAGGAGGAAAAAGAUCUUCUCCCACAGGCUCUAAUGUAUCGGCCUGCCAGAGAGCGGCUAUACGGCCUUCUGCUGCCCAAACCUGCAGGCUCCAGUCCAGCUUCUGCAGUAAAGGAGUGGUUUGUCUUUCCGGGAAACCAGCUUCAGGAGCCAGACCUGGUGUCACCUGUUCUACUGGGCCUGCCAGGUGGAAACCCGGAGUUAAGCGCUCUGUGGUUCGGAGAAGGCGCGGCAGUGCUAGCGCUCCGUACCAGCGCGUUUUUUGCCGUCUUCAGCCUGCAUGACUUCACACAGGACCUGCAGACGCUGGAUACGCCGCUCAUGGCCGUGACCCUGCUCGUCAUUUACAUUUCCCUGCAGGACAGUCAGCUUUCCUUGGAAGACGUGGAGGCCUAUCUCAGCCAGGCUGUCUGUUUGAGGGGCAAGUCCUACAAAGAACUCCUUUGUACCAGGCUAUCGGCUGUGGACUCGAGGGCUGUUCAGCUGGGCUCGCUCUUCGUGCGGGGUCUGGGGGUCCUCAUCGCGGCCAACAAUGCCUGCGGCUCCCCCUUCCACUCCGACGACCUGAUGCCCUGGAACACCUUCGACGGGCUGCUGUUCCACUCAAAGUAUCAGCAGGCCCACCAUUGGAGUACUGAUGGAGAGCUACUGGAGGGCAAUGACUCCUGGCUCUCUCAGUUCCGGCAGCUGAGAGAGCUGGUGCUCAGCGUCUGCAGGAGGAGAGGAAAAGAUAUACACAGCACCCCACGGAGAGCACCCACAGCUUCAGGGCAACCGAUGGGUAGUCAAGACAGUCCGACGGAGAAAAGGCCCCAGCACUUCAAAAACUACAGACCCCAGCACUUCAGUUAUCCAGAGCAGCCCUGGCCUCCACCCCAAAACUACAGACCCCAGAGCAGAGGCCCCAGGGCUGACACACACGAAUGUGGUUACAGACCCAGAUCAAGGCGCCCCGGCGGGCAGCGAUACCGGCUUGCUCCUCGGUGGCCCCAGCACCCGAACCCCAGGCCACACUACUGAUCCCCAGCCACCCUCCCAUCUCAGAGACCCAGGCCUGAGGAGAUGAGCUCAGCAGCUCCUGGUGAUGCAGCCCCUUAUAGAAACACUGGACAGAUGUGCUGUAGAACAGGACAGAUUAUCCAUGGGCUGGUUUUUACACCACCUGAGGUGUUUGCUGCUGCUGUUGUUGCAGAAGUCUGGUGGGCUUUUUGCCUUGCUGCCGCAAAACAUGUUAGUGAAACCAAGCAGUGCUGACAAGCCAGGAAGUGAUGUCAGUUCAGUCUCGCUGGAGGAUCUGAGGAAAGGAGGUAUUCCUAUACUACUAAUAUUUUAUGAGUUAUUAGUAGUUGUAGUAAUGUACUAAUAGUGUGUGAUACAAGUCAAACUUGGAGAGAGACAGUUCUAAUGGAGGAAAUUCAACAGGUGAUGGAUCACUGCAGAGACCAGAUUCUUUCCCCUCGGAUUAGCAUCCAAAGUCCCUGAGAAGGUCCUACUGAAAUGUAGAGAUACCCCCCCCCCCUCCCUUCUGGAAUGUUUGUUUUUGGGGGUCUGCUCGUGUUACUGUAAAUCUGUAAAGCCCACUGCAUGUGACUGCUUCUCAAAUCUGAGUGAAAUCUCUCAGUGGUUUCACUUGAAAGCUUGUUUUGUUCAAAUGAAGAUAAUGUUAAAACAAUGGAUGAGUUUGCACACUGUAUUAUUAACUGACACAUCUUAUCAAAACUUUGAAGAGAUCUGCACACCUCCUGGAUGGAAUCAAUUAACAGAUUCCUUUGUUUAAGUUGAUCAAAGAUGUUUGCAGUAAUAGAUUUCACCCUGUUUAAAAAAUGGGAUAGUCUGCAGUGGCUACACUGGUGACUGCAAUCAGACUCUUCCAUGAGAGAAAAUAGGAGUGUGACAGGUAUGUAUGAAGUUAGAAUCGUUGCAAGUGUUGUAUAAACAAAACCCACCAAAAGUACCAAAGCUAAUUAUUUCUAGAAAAGUUAUUUGGAUAUGUUCAAGUUACAUCCUUAAAGAGCCGCGGUGGCACAACAGGCUAAGAUGCAGCAGACUCGCGGUUGCAGUUUGCUGCAGUUGCACACCGGGGACCGGGGUUCGAUUCUCGGUUCUGCCAAAAGCCAAGUUUGGCCGGCUCACGUGAAGCAGCAAUAAUUGGCUCGCUGCUCCAGAGGGAGGGACUUGGCAGGGUUAGUAGAUCACUGCACGAAACAAGCACCUCGGGCGCCUCGGAAUCACGGUUACAGCUUGGGAGGCGAGACGGCUUGAAGAAGGCGUGUCGCUCUCCCGUUGGCCACCGAGGGACGGGGUGUGGGCGGUGUAUCUAAUACUGGCUCUAAUUUAAUCAGACGGGGUCCAAUUGGCUACCAAAUUGGGAGAA